AUGGCAAAGUUAAAACAUGUCCUUGUUGUACCAUUUCCAACACAAGGUCAUAUCACUCCUCUCUUGAAGCUCUCACACUGUAUUGCUGAUUAUGGAGCCAAGGUUACAUUUGUGAACACAAAGUCCAUUCACGCACAAGUGAUGGCUGCAACCUGUGGACUGGACGUGGGAUCGGAUCGGAUUAAGUUUAUCGCCAUUCCGGAUUGGUUCGAAAUUGAUGAGGGGCGAAAAGACCCGACUAACAUGGUGGCGAGCCAUUUGCGGGAGUUGAUUGAAAAAGUGAAGCAGCAGUCAAAUGGCAAUGAAGAUGAGCAGAUCGGCUUCGUGAUUGCGGACUUGACCGCCGGGUGGGCGCUAGAAGUCGCCGAAAGGAUGGGAAUCGAGCGAACGGGCUUUUGGCCCGCCUCGGUGUCGACUCUAGCCUUGGUACCGCAUAUUCCACGGUUGAUAGAGGGUGGAGUCAUAGACGACAAUGGGGUUGUUUUGAAGAAUGAUCUCACCGUGAUAUCGAAGGACCUUCCUCCAUAUAAAAGCAAUGACUUCACUUGGAAUUGCCCCGAAGACCCGACAAUGCAGAAGAUACUUUUCCAAUACUUAUCGUCCAUCCCCCCAUACAAGAAACAAUCAAACUCAUUCAUUUGCAAUUCAUUCCAUGAACUCGAGGCAUCGGCUAUCGGUGUAAUUCUUGGAGCUCUCCCAAUUGGUCCGCUAAUAGCAAGUGCCCGCUUGUCCCAUCUCAAAGGAAGCCUGUGGAACGAGGACAUGACUUGCUUGAAAUGGUUAGACCAACAUCCUACCCAAUCAGUCAUCUAUAUCGCCUUUGGAAGCACAUCAAUAUUCAGCCCGGAACAAUUCUAUGAGCUUGCCCAUGGCCUCGAACAAAUUGCCCGACCCUUCCUAUGGGUCAUACGUCCGGACCUCACCAGCAGGCCAAUUACUGAGUUCCACAAUGGGUUCCUCCGGAGGGUGAGGAAUUAUGGGAAGGUGGUCCAAUGGGCACCGCAGGAGGAGGUCUUAGCACACCCUUCGGUGGCAUGCUUCUUCACUCAUUGUGGUUGGAAUUCCACAAUGGAAGCCCUAAGCAGUGGAGUCCCACUUCUUUGCAGACCCUAUUUCGGAGACCGGUUCCUGAACAAGAGCUUCAUUUGUGAUGUGUGGAGGGUGGGUCUAGGGGUGGAUGCUGAUGAAAAUGGUGUCACAACAAGGCAUGAAGUGAUGAAAAAGAUGCUGAUGCUUCUUGGCAAUGAAGAGAUAAGGGCAAAUUGCCCGAGGGUAAAAGAGAUGGCUAGGAAGAGUGUUAGUGAAGGAGGGUCCUCCCCGAAGAAUCUGCAGAACUUCAUUAAACAUUUGAUAGCUUGAGGGUUCUUGUUGUUCCCUGUUCGGUCCCGAGAUU